GAGGUCCUCCGCAACUCGGUACUCUCAAAACCCGCUGACGUGUACUCCAUCGGCGUGUUGCUCUGGCAAAUGGUGACCGGCAGUCGGCCCUGGGCGGGUCUUUCCCAUCUGCAAGUUAGUGUGGAGGUGGGCACCCACAUGCGCCAGCUGCAGUGGCCGACAUGGGUGCAUGGCGGCGUGAGGCUCCUUGGCCAGCGCUGCAUGUCGCCACGACCGGAAGAGAGGCCCACUGCGGCACAGAUGCAGGCGGAGCUGGCAGAGCUGUUGCGUCAGGUACCGCAGUACGGCUGA